CACAAAAACACAAGAGGCGUUCCAAACGGAAGAUGUGGCGCGAGACAUAGCUAGCUAAUAUUGUGUGUACAUACAAACUUUUWAAGUAAAACACGAAUCUAAACUAGUUCCAUCCACAGCAGUUAUUAUACGUAGUUUCUCAAGGAAAAAUGCCCCGUAGAAGACAGAGAGUGCAUGUGGGGAGCGGCUCUGAUGGGACUGAAGACUCAGACUCUUCUGCUGAGCGGGAACAGACGAACAGCUCGGAGAGUGAUGGAAACAUACCCAAGAGAACACGCCUCACAAGAGCAUCUCUGCGCCUCAGCCAAAGCUCACAAGACACACCAGAUGUGAAGCAAGACGAGUCUCCACCGCUGACGCCUACAGGCAACGCCCCGUCGUCUGAGUCUGAGCUGGACAUCUCCAGCCCCAAUGCCUCCCACGAUGAGAGCCUGGCCAAAGACCCUGCCCUCAGAGACUCCGACAAGGACCUCUCCCACCGGCCCAAGCGCCGUCGCUGCCARGAGACCUACAAUUUUAACAUGAAGUGUCCCACGCCGGGAUGCAACUCYUUGGGACAUCUAACAGGGAAACAUGAACGGCAUUUUGCGGUAUCAGGAUGCCCACUUUACCACAACCUCUCUGCUGAUGAAUGCAAGGUGAAAGCAACCACUCGUGAGAAACACGAAGAAGAGGCAAAGGUGCAGGAGGAAAGCAACAGACACGCCACACGCCACCAGACGCCCACUUCAAGACAGACGAGAUACAAAGAGCAGGUGACGGAGAUGAGGAAAGGGAGGAACUCUGGCUUGUCUAAGGAGCAGAAGGAGAAAUACAUGGAGCAUCGACAGAGCCACYGCAACACCAGAGAACCUCUUCUGGAGAACAUCACAAGUGAAUAUGACCUGGAGCUCUUCAGAAAAGCCCAGGCACGUGCAUCUGAAGAUCUGAAAACGCCACAGGAGAGGCUGCGGAUCCAGGGACAGAUCACGGAGGGCAGCAACAUGAUCAAGACCAUCCUGUUCGGCCGCUACGAGCUGGACACCUGGUACCACUCGCCSUACCCUGAGGAGUACGCCCGCCUYGGACGCCUCUACGUCUGCGAGUUCUGCCUCAAGUACAUGAAGAGCCAGACCAUUCUGAGACGACACAUGGCCAAGUGUGUGUGGAAGCAUCCACCCGGAGAUGAGGUCUACAGGAAGGGAGCCAUCUCUGUCUUUGAAGUGGACGGCAAGAAGAACAAGAUCUACUGCCAGAACCUGUGUCUACUCGCCAAGCUCUUCCUGGAUCACAAGACGCUGUACUACGACGUGGAACCCUUUCUGUUCUACGUUAUGACCGAGGCAGACAACACAGGCUGCCAUCUUGUGGGAUACUUCUCUAAGGAAAAGAACUCUUUCCUCAACUACAACGUCUCUUGCAUCCUGACCAUGCCCCAGUACAUGAGACAGGGCUAUGGGAAGAUGCUGAUUGACUUCAGUUACCUGCUGUCCAAGGUGGAGGAYAAGGUGGGCUCCCCAGAGCGGCCCCUCUCGGACCUGGGCCUCAUCAGUUACCGCAGCUACUGGAAGGAGGUGCUGCUACGCUACAUGUACAACUUCCAGGGCAAGGAAAUCUCCAUCAAAGAGAUCAGCCAGGAGACAGCCGUGAACCCGGUGGACAUUGUCAGCACCCUGCAGUCCCUGCAGAUGCUCAAGUACUGGAAGGGAAAGCACCUGGUCUUGAAGAGACAGGAUCUGAUCGACGAGUGGAAAUCCAAGGAGACCAAAAGAGGCAGCAACAACAAAACCAUUGACCCCAGUUCGUUAAAAUGGACCCCGCCCAAAGGGACAUAGGCUAAAGGCUCACAAGUGAGCCACCUAAUAAACUCUUCUUUCUUCUACCACUCCUGCCAGGAUAGGAGUCCUAUCAACUAUCAAUACCACAGUGUUCUUUCUUCUAUCCCUCCAUCCACCCUGUAUAGCUGCCCUUUACUAGGUUUUUCUUGUCUGGAGGAACUCUCGUCCCCUGUUUUACAUUUCGACUCGUAUUUAUAUUGUAGAAAUUUGUCGCCAUGUCACCAUUCAAUCAAUUCUUGGCUUAAAUAUUGUUAAACAAUGAAAGUCUGAUAUUUUUAGUUGAUGACUUUUGUUUUAAACGAUCCACCUAGAUCAAGAUAAGCUACGAAUGUUUUUACACCUCGCCGAAGCCUUGUACCGAAAGCUCAGACUAGUGGAUCACAUAAUGAAUGUUUUGCUUCUGUCCUCCAAAAAAAAAAUACAUACUUCUGACCUGC